UCAUUUUCAAAUCUAUUUUCAAUCUCGACCGUCCAUUCCUACACAAACCUUUUGUUUCGAGCUUAAGCGCAGUUUGAAAUCAAACACGCACAGAGAAGAGGAGCAGAAAAAUAGUGAUGCUUUAAGCUCAAAAACUAAGAUCCACAGAGAGAGAGAGAGGGAGAGUGAGAUCUUUACUCAAAUUGAAAUCCAAUAAUUACCCAGUUUUCAUUUUUCAGAUUUUCACUAAAAUCCCAGAAAAACCCCAGCUGAAAUAAGCUGUAUUUGGGAAAAGGAACAAUUUCAGUCACUCGAAAUCUGCCGAUUCUGUUCUUCAAUAGCAGUUUCAGGAUGUUGAGAGAUUUGAAAUUCCUGCGCCGAAAUUCGGGCAAGCAGAGUGAGGAAAUCGAGAAUGUGCCUGUAAAUCCUAGAGAUUCAUUAGCGAGUCAAACCAGCGCUGACUCCUCUAGGCCUCCUUUGAAUACGAUUCAAGACCCAGCUCCAAUUUUCCACCCUCCUAACCCUAAAUUUGAACAAGAAGCAGCAAAGAGUAAAAGUAAAAUUGAUAGAACACCAACCAAGCCCAAACCCAAAAACUCUGAUUCCACUUUGCCUCUCCGUACGCCAGAUAAACAUGGAGGAGCGGCAUUUCAUGCGAAAAAACGAUUCGGGUGGGCUCAGAGGAAUGAGCUUAGCUCGAUUCCGAGUGAAGCUUGUGAUGAAUUGAGACCUGAUAUGAACAACUAUCCAGUGCAGCCGAGUCGUGGGAGCUUGCCCAACAUGACUCCAAGGUCUACUAGGACGAUGGGGAGGCCUACUCCCAGUCAUUCUGAGACUAAUUCCACGCAAAGCACACCAACCAAGAGUGUUUCUAAGCCUCCGAGUUCAGGGUGUAGGAGUAAGUUUGAUGGGGGUGUUGGAGGAGGGCGUGCGGGAAACUUUGCUGCAUUGUAUAGGGGGGUUCCGGUUACUGGAGGUUCGAGUAGUACUGUUGUUAAUACUGUUGAAGUCCCCCAUUUUGAUCUGAAGGAGGAUCCAUCAUUUUGGAUGGAUCACAACGUACAGGUGCUCAUCCGCGUGCGCCCGCUUAAUAGCAUGGAGAAGAGUAUGCAUGGUUACAACAGGUGCUUGAAGCAAGAAAGUGCUCAAAGUAUCACUUGGAUUGGACAACCAGAAACUCGCUUCACGUUUGACCACGUAUCCUGUGAAACAGUAGAUCAGGAAAUGCUUUUUAGGAUGGCAGGUCUUCCCAUGGUGGAGAAUUGCUUGUCCGGCUACAAUAGCUGUAUGUUUGCAUAUGGUCAGACAGGAAGUGGGAAGACAUACACAAUGCUGGGUGAAAUUGAUGAUUUAGAAGUCAAACCCAGCCAACAUCGUGGAAUGAUACCAAGGAUAUUUGAAUUCUUGUUUGCAAGAAUUCAAGCUGAGGAAGAAAGUCGUAGGGAUGAAAGACUAAAAUACAGUUGCAAGUGCUCUUUCUUAGAGAUUUACAAUGAACAAAUUACCGAUCUCCUUGAUCCCUCAUCUACCAAUUUGCUUCUGAGGGAGGAUGUUAAGCAGGGUGUCUAUGUAGAAAAUCUCUCGGAAUUUGAAGUUCAAACAGUGAGCGACAUUUUGAAGAUAUUGACUGAGGGUUCUGUAAAUAGGAAAGUUGCGGCAACAAACAUGAACAGAGAGAGCAGUCGGUCACACAGUGUUUUUACAUGUGCAAUUGAGAGCAGGUGGGAAAAAGAUUCCACAACUAACCUAAGGUUUGCUAGAUUGAACUUAGUUGAUCUUGCGGGUUCAGAAAGGCAGAAAAGUUCAGGUGCUGAAGGUGAGCGUCUAAAGGAAGCUGCAAACAUAAACAAAUCCUUGUCCACAUUAGGUCAUGUAAUUAUGAUUCUAGUAGAUGUGGCAAACGGGAAACCAAAGCAUGUUCCUUAUAGGGAUUCAAGGUUGACCUUCCUUCUUCAGGACUCUCUCGGUGGAAACUCAAAAACAAUGAUCAUUGCCAAUGUCAGCCCUUCUAUCUGCUGUGCAGCUGAAACAUUAAACACUUUAAAGUUUGCUCAGAGAGCAAAACUUAUACAGAACAAUGCCGUGGUGAAUGAAGAUUCCACUGGGGAUGUCACUGCACUACAGCAUCAAAUACGGCUUCUAAAGGAGGAGCUCUCUCUUCUGAAACGUCAAAAUGUCUUCAGAUCUUUGUCAUUUGGUUCAACUAUCAAAGAUAUGACUCAAGAACAAGAUACUGCUUGCUCUAAGGACUUGUAUGAAACAGAACAACAGCAUGUUGAUGGUUCACUUGCAUUUGAAUCAAAAGGCAUCAUUAGAAUGUCUACUAAGCAGUUGAAGUCUUUGGAGACAACACUUGCUGGUGCAUUGAGAAGAGAGCAAAUGGCAGAUACUUGCAUCAAGAAACAUGAAGCUGAAAUUGAGCAUUUGAACCGUUUGGUUCGUCAAAGAGAGGAAGAGACCAGGAGCACAAAAAUGAUGGUCAGAUUUCGAGAAGACAAAAUUCAAAGAAUGGAGUCACUUCUUGGUGGUUCGUUCCCUCAAGAUACUUAUUUGCUUGAAGAGAACAAAGCCCUCCACGAAGAGAUCCAGUUGCUUCAAGCUAAAGUAGAUAAAAACCCUGAAGUAACUCGCUUUGCAUUGGAGAAUAUAAGGCUUUUAGACCAACUUAGAAGAUUUCAAGAAUUCUAUGAGGAAGGGGAGAGGGAGAUACUACUGGAUGAAGUAUCCAAACUUCGGGAACAGCUGCUUCAUUAUCUUGAUGGGAAAUCUACAUGGCAAAACCAUCCACAAGUCGACAGCCAACCUCAGGAACCUAUGUACAUCAGCAACCGAGACAAUUCUCUCCAUUUAGAGUUAAAUAACACCCUCAAUGAGUUAGAGGAGUGCAGGCGAAACUUAAAUUCUUGCUUAGAGGAGAACCAAAAACUAAGUAGAGAAAUAAAUGAUCUGCAGUUUACAUUAGAUAAUCUCAACUCUACCACCCAGGACAAAGAUGGUAACAUCAAAAGCAUUAAGGAUUUUCAGGAUCCCUCAAAAGCUCUAGCUUCUGAAAUUGAGAUACUUAAGGGUGUUGAAAAUGGGGUGGAGAGCAUGCAUGUUUUAUCAGUGAUGAAACAUGCAGAAGAAAUCUUGGAUUUACAGCUGGAAUUGGAUAUAUUGAAGAUUAUCCUCAAAGAAGAGAGAUCUAUCCGUGGUGAAGUAGAAGAAAGGACAGUAUGCUUGAGUAGAGAACUUGAACUGGCCGAAGAAAAGGUGCUGCUUUAUAGCAAGCAAUGUGGAGAUGCAACUCAUGAACUGAAAGAGGCAAAGUCAGUUGUUGAAGCCCUCGAGUCUGAACAAAUACUGGCAAUAAAUGAGAUGGAAGACCUGAAAAAAUGUAACAACCGCUAUGUGGAGCUUUUGCAUGAAAAAGAGCUUGAAAUAAUGGAAUUGAAGGAGCAACUUUCUAGAAGGGAAUUAAGGGAUCACCCAUCUAAUCAGUCAGAGGCAAAGAACUCCACUUUACAACUAAAAUUGAAGAGGAUGCAAGAUUCCUUUGAGAAAGCCAAGAGACUGAAUUUGUGGUAUCAGAACAAUCAUGCUUUUAAGGCAAGCAAUGAAGAAGAAAUGGAUGAAGUUUGUAGACAGGCAGAAGCUGAAACUGCUGAGGUUAUUGUCUGUAUGCAGGAAGAACUAUCCAUUCUUCAGCAGCAGGUCAAUAAUUGCCAUUUGAAAGAGAUGGAGUCCGAUAAGUCUAUGAUGCUACUGGAAAAUGAAUUAAAGGAGCUGCAUGGAAAGUUACACCUCUUAACUGAGGACAACAAUGAGUUACAUGGAAAGCUAUUGGAUAAAGAUGGAGAACUGAGAAAAUUAUCUGCUGAAUGGGAAUUGUUGGCUGGUGAGAUAGCAGAAAUUCUUGCAGAGGGGCAGGAAGCACUUACAGAUGCAUCUGAUCAGCUUGACCUUAUAUCCAGUACCUUUCCACAUAAAAGGAUUUGGAUCUCUGAACAAUUUGGUAGGUUAAUUAGAAUAAUAUCUGAAAAGGAGUUAUUGAUUGAAGAACUUGGUAAAUGUUUGGAGGAUGCAAACAAUAAAAGAAGCGAUGUGGAGUCCAUGCUUAAGUCUUUGAGAGGAGCAGCACUGGUGAUCAAUGAAGCACAUCAGCAGGAGUGCCAUGAAAAGGAGAAAGAAAAUUUUCUCUUGAAGUCUCUGCUAAAAGAGAAAACAACCACCAUUGCAGAGCUAGAGGACAAGGUGAAGCUGGCACAUCUUCAUGCUAAUAGAUCAUCAGUUUGUGCAACAGCUGCUUUUGUGAUUGUGAACAGGCUUUCAGAACUGAAUGUUAAUAAUGUUGAUGAAUUAAAGUACAAGGAUUUACAACUUUGUGAAUCAAGAGAGAUUAAUCAGAGGAAAUGUGCCCUUCUAGAUGAUCAGGCUGCUGCGAUUAAAGAGGCUGAGGAAGAGAUUGAGUCUUUGAGAAUGAAACAAGUGCAGUUGAAGGAAACAUGUGCGCAACUAGAACAGAGACUCUUGGAAGAGGAGAAUCGUGCUAAUUUGUUGGAGCAAAAGCUUGAAGAAGAAGAGAAUGAAAUUUUGAAGACAAGAGAGAAACUAACUGAGCUGAAAACUGGUGUAUCCUCACUCAUGUCAUGCAUGAGCAUCCCUUUGCAGCAUGACGGAAGUUCUGAUACAAAUGUAGCUUGUCCACCUCUUGACAGCAGUAAUGGACGGACAGAUGGUGGAGUGGACCUAAGAGCUCAUCUCCCUGAGUGUUCUGUUGGAAAAGGAUCCUGUUAUAGAAAAUCUGAGAUUUUCAGGACUUCCAAGGAUGUAUCUGGACGGGAUGUUACCAUUAUUCUCCUCAAAAAGGAAAUAGAGACUGCCCUUGAAAGCUUGCAAGAGGUUCAAGUGGAGAUGGCUAAACUACAUAGUGAGAAAGAAGAAAUGCAGAUAUCUGAGAAUCGAAAACAGGAGAGCUUAGAAUGCUUCACAACUCUCAUACUUGCAAUUCAAGCAGAUAUGAGUAAUUUUGAAAAGCAGUUUGAAAUAAAGAUGAAUGCUGUUAAUCAUAAGUUACAGUCAUUUGAACGGAUUGUCCAAGAAGCUGGAACUUAUUGGUGUCAAACAAAAGAGUUUCUUGAGAUGGAAGUUGGUGAUGCAAAGGUAGUUGCAGCCCAAAAGGCAGCGGAGGCUUCUUGCAUUGUUGCUAAAUUUGAAGAGGCCCAAGAUACCAUGAAAGAAGCUGAUAUCAUGAUCAACGAGCUGAUAAUAGCUAAUGAAACAAUGAAGCUAGAUAUGAAAAGGCUGAAAGAAAUAGAAAUUGCAUUAACUAAUGAUAAGGAUUUGCUAAUUAAUGAGGUUAAUCAAUUACAAUCGCUCAAUUCUCUCAAGGAUCUGCAGGUUCAGGACCUUGAAAAGCAGUUUGGCUUAAACUUGAUAGAAACAAGUGAUCUGGUUGUGAAGCUGGAGGAUAUUAUUGCAGAGUUCCAGACCACUUUCAAGGAAAAUUUAAAUUCUCUGGCAUGCGAUUUUCAUUCCAUUAAGGCUUUAGUUUUAGACUCAGGGAAGCUGGUGCGGUCAUGGCUCGAAGAUGUCUGGUCUGAGAUAAUUGUGAAGGAUUGUGCAGUAUCAGUGCUUCAUCUCUGUCAUAUGGGCAUUUUAUUGGAAACAGUAACAGGGCUGAACACAGAAAAUGGAUUGCUUCAACAUGGCUUGUGUGAAUCAAACACUAUCAUAGCUGGCCUGAGAGAGCACAAUUCUAAGUCAAACAGAGAGCUCCAAAUGUGCCGAACUUUGAAGGGGAAAUUAUUGGCUGACAUGAAGAACAGCUUUGACCGAAUCUUGAGAAAAGAAGCAGAAACUGGGGAGCUUAGCACUAAGUUAACCACGUUUGAGAAAAAGAUCUUUGAUUUACAGUUGCAAGAGGAAAUGAUGCUACAAAGGUCUAACUAUAUGGGAUCGCAGCUUUCUAUUUUGAUGAAGGAUUUAGACUUCAGUAACAGAAACAUUGCUGAAUCCCUUUUUAAUCAAGAGGUAAUGCUGAAAGAGAAAGAGGAACUUCUAAAUUCUCAGGCUGAGAUAUUUAUGAUAGAGUUGUGCUCAAAAGACAUGGAGUCACUUGUCUUGGCAUCACAUGUAAAAGAGAUGUUUAUCGAGAAAGAUAUAACUGAGAGAAAGCACAUCAGUUGUGGUUCUGACCUUGAGCUUUUGAAGAAAGAGAUGAUUUUUUCAAUGGUGGAUGGAAAUUUGAAAGAUCAAGUUCUAUUGGCCAAGGAUGCUGAGGUUUCUCUUCUACAAAAUGAAGUUGAAGAAGCACAAAAGGAGGCUCGGUAUCUAUUGUCAAGGCUGAACCAAAGCCAUUUAAGAGCUGUGGAGAUGGAUGAGGCAGCCAGGGCUCUUGAAGGGGAAUUGGAUGAAGUUAUGGAAACCAAUGUGAGACUGCAAAGCCAGGUUGAGAAACUUGAAGUUGAAUGUGAGAAACUGCUAAAGGAUUUGAAGGCUAAAGAAACAGAAUUGAAUAGUUGUUCAAGUCAUAUUUCCAUACUUGAUCAACAAAAUCAGAAGUUGCAGGGGGACAUUUGCCUGUGGGAAACUUCGAUGAGCACACUUCAAAGUGAACUGGACAAUAAAGAUGCAGAGCUCAGGAGAAUGAAUUGCCUGGAAGAGGAAAAUGAGUCACUUAAAGGCGAGGUCUGGAAGUUGAAGAUAGAUAAUAGCUUGUUUGUCAAGGAUUUAGAGGAGAAGAGUUCUGAAAUUGAAUUGUCCUCGAGCCGUAUAAGCAUCUCAGAUAUGGAAAAUCACAGAUUACAUGAUAGAAUUUUAUCCUUGGAGACUCAUAUUGCUGGUCUAGAGACUGAUCUGGAGAUCAAAAGUGCUAAGGUGAAUGAACUCCUGCAUUCCCAGUCCAUUGUCAUGGAAGAUUUAAGCUCAAAGGGUCAGGAUUUGCAAAUAUUUGUAAAAAAAGUCAACACAUUGAAGAAUGAUAACAUUCUUUGGAAAAAUGAACUUACAUCACACAAGAAAGCUAUGCUGGACGCCCUGACCUCAUCAAGCUUUAAUACUGUGAAGUGUGUUGAUUCACUGGACAAUGUGGAUGUUACUUCUCAUAAGUUAUUUAAUUUACUGGAGAAAGAAUACAAUACAGUUGUAGAAAAACUGUUCCAUGAGAUAUGUGAAGCUACAGAGAGCACAUUCAAGUUCAUAAAAGAAAUUGAGUCUUUGGAGUGUCAUGCCAAAGAGCUGGUGUCUGACAACACCGGUCUCCAGGCUGAGCUAUUAAGGAAGGAUGACAUUUUGAAGGGUUUGUUAUUUGAUUUGAGCCUGUUACAAGAGUCUGCAUCUAAUACUAAGGACCAAAAGGAUAAGAUUGAGGAAAUGAUGGCCUCCUUGGAAGCUUUGGAUGAUGAGCUUGUUUUGAAGUCUGGUGAUCUUGUUGAGGCUGUUGCUCAUAGUCAGAUGCUUGAAAGUCAGUUGCAGGAGAAGAUGAGCAUUAUUUCUGCUCUUGAGUUGGAUUUUGCAAAGGAGCACGAGUCUCUAAAAUUGUGUUCUCGUGAAAAUCUGGAGCUGAGAGCUCAAAUAGAAGAAGCAUUAGGUGCAAAAAAUUCUCUUGAGGAGGAGUUAACAGAGAGAAAGAAUUUGACUGAAAGCUUGGAAAUGGAACUCUCGAAAAUGGGUAAUGCUCUUGGACAAAUGAAUAGUACAAUUGAAUCUUUAAGAAACAACUUAGAUGAUCUUACUAAUGAGAGAGACCAGCUUCACACGGAGAUGCAUAAUUUGAAAGAACAGCUUGAAAAGGCAGAGGCUUGGGCAGAAGAAAAUGAAGCUAUUGCACUGGAAGCCCAACAGAUAGCUGAAUCUAAGAAAGUCUAUGCUGAAGAAAAGGAAGUGGAGGUAAAGCUGCUAGAGAGGUCCGUUGAAGAGCUAGAAUGUACUAUAAAUGUACUGGAAAGCAAGUUUGAAAUUCUUAAUGGAGAAACUGAAAGACAAAGAUUGCAAAGAGAAGAGCUAGAAGUGGAGCUUCAUGCUGUAAAUCAUCAGAUGCAGAAGAUUAAAAGUGCUGACACUGACAUUAAAAGGCAUUUGGAUGAGAAGGCGAAAGGCCUAGAAGAAGCCCUGAAACAAAUACAAAUUCUCGAGAGGGAUAUUGCUGAGAAAGAUGCAGAGAUUGCUCAAUGCAAGGCACAUAUUUCUGAGUUAAAUUUACAUGCAGAAGCCCAGGCUACUGAAUACAAGGAGAAGUUCAAGGCCUUGGAAGCAAUGACUGAGCAAGUAAAACCUGAAGGCCAUUUCUCCCACAUUGCAAAUUCUUCAUCGAACAAAUUCGAGAAAAAUGCUGCCAAGUCCAGGGGUUCUGGUUCCCCUUUCAAAUGCAUUGGUUUGGGAUUGGUGCAACAAAUAAAAUCUGAGAGGGAUGAGGAGCUUGCAGCUGCUAGGUUGCAUAUUGAAGAGCUAGAAUCCCUAGCAGUAAGUCGACAGAAAGAGAUAUUUGCAUUGAAUGCAAGAUUAGCUGCUGCGGAGAGCAUGACCCAUGAUGUCAUUCGAGAUUUAUUGGGAGUGAAAUUGGAUAUGACAAAUUAUGUGUCACUGUUGGAUAAUCAGCAACUGCAGAAGAUAGCAGAAAAAGCUCAAUUUAAUAGCUUAGAAUCUCAAUCCAAGGAGCAGCAGGAGAUCAUGAAGCUCAAACAGCAGCUUAAUGAAUUUAUUGAGGAGAGGCGAGGAUGGCUAGAAGAAAUUGACAGGAGGCAGGCUGAGAUGGUUGCAGCACAAAUAGCACUGGAAAAGCUUCGGCAACGAGAUCAGUUUCUUCAAGCCGAAAAUGAAAUGUUGAAGAUGGAGAAUGUAAAUAACAAGAAGAGGGUGAUGCAACUUGAAGGUGAGGUAAAGAAGCUGUCUGGCCAGCAAAACCUCCAGCAACGCAUUCAUCAUCAUGCAAAAAUUAAGGAGGAGAACAAUUUGCUAAAACGUCAGAGUGAAGAUCUUAGUGCUAAGCUGCAACGUACAGAGAUCAUCCUUUCACGGGUGAAAGAAGAGCUUGCACAUUAUCGUGCUUCCACCGGAAAAAGUCCCCAUAUAAAUUUUGACAAGGAACAACAAUUGAUAAGCAAACUGAAGGAAACUGAGGAUGACAGGGUGCAAAUAGCACAGAAGUUGGUAGGCUUGUGUACCAGCAUUUUGAAAGCAGCAGGAAUAACUAAACCUGCGGCCAAUCUAAGCCCUGCGGCUGCUGAAGAGGCACUUGAGCAGAUGAAAAGUAGACUUGCUUCGCUGGAAAGAGAAUGCCAAGAUUUGACAUUCAAGAACAAAAUCACCAAUGAAAGAGCAAGGCUGUCUGAGCUAAUGCCUCAAAGAUCACCAAUAAACUCAUUAACUGAUGAGAACUGUAAAACUCCGGGAAGGGGCCAAACUCAUUUUCUUUCUGCUUUAGACAGAUAGAACUAGCUGCCUGCAAAAGGAGGUGUAUCAGAUUCUUUGCUAACUUCCUGGUUCUUUUACUUCUGAUUCUUCCUGGAAAUGUAUAUCAAUCUUUUCCCCCCUUUUGUUGUACUAUUCUGUAUUUCCUUGUAAAUAACUAAAUGUAUAAUUCAAUGGAAAUUGAAAUUGCCAUCUUUUUGAA